AUGGUUAAUGCUGCUAUCAAAAGCCUGAAAGAACGUGUGGUUCAUCGUUGCAGGCAAUCAAGAAGUACAUCACAGCCAAUUACAAGAUCGAUGCCGAGAAAACUAUCGCCUUUCAUCAAGAAAUACCUGAAGAGUGCCGUUACCGGUGGCAAAUUGAUCCAAACCAAAGGCAAGGGUGCUUCUGGUUCAUUCAAACUUUCUGCUACUGUUGCAAAAUCAAAGUCCGAAUCGGCACCGAAGAAAGCUGCUGCCAAGCCCAAGAAAGCUAAGGCAGCGACCGGUGAAAAGAAACCGAAAGCGAAGAAAGCUGCAUCUCCAGCUAAGAAGAAGCCUGCAGCCAAAAGUGCUGAAAAGAAGAAGAAAGCCGCAGCACCAGCUAAAGCAGCAAAGAAGGCUGGUUCCGUGAAGGCACCAAAAGCCCCAAAGGAAAAGUCAACGAAACCGAAAGCUGCCGCUAAAAAGCCAAAAACACCAAAACCCAAGAAGGCAGCUCCAGCCAAGAAAGCAGCACCAAAGAAGGCAGCUGCACCAAAAAAGAAGUAA